UUGGGAUUGUCCCUUAUCGGCUUCCGCAGUUUCCACAGCAAUCAGCUUCGAAGUUGACUCUGACAAAAAAUUUUAACAUUCAAUUCUUCGAAGAAUAUCUUUGGUAUGUAAAAGUUACAUAGCUGACGUCCUAUAAUAGUAAAGGCGGUGUUUCACGGGACAAAUGCAACAACGAUUUCUCGCGGAAAAAUUGAACUCCUUGCAAAGAUGAUGUUAAACGAGACGAAUUUUACGCAACAUUCUAAAUUCGGGCAACAGUGUUGCAGGUUUUUUAAUGGCUUUCAAAAACCUGAAACAUGUCGCCGCAACGAAGUCUUGUUUUAAGUUGCCCUGUGCACCAUGUUACACGAUAUCGAUUUUCAACGCGAAAGAUGUUGCGUUAAGAUUUGGCGUUAAAAACAUCACCGUCAAAUCGAAACUAUCCACAUCACGAAAACAUUGGUUUAUCGGUGGGUUAAGUUGCGAACUGUGUUGGGAACGCGAAGCUAAAUUUACAACAGACUCAUUUAGAUAAACAAAUUGUGGGACUACUUACUGUCGACUGGGCCACUCGAUGGUAAAUCUUCUGACGUCUUUUCCAGUGGUGAAUAACAAGGGUCAUCAAGAAAGUCGACUGGAGCUCUGUGAUAUGAAGGUAUAAACUGAAAUAUACUUAUCUGAACAGCUCAACUAAAAUUUAUGGCUGGAAAGUGAAACAGAUACUAUUUAUGGGAAAUUUCCCAUGCUUUCUUCUUCCACAGCGCCAGCUUGGAAAAUGAUAUUUAAAGCUGUAGAGUUUCGGCUUUUGUCUCGAUCUCCACUGAGCUGAGUUAUCAUGAGUCAUGGAUCAGUUAAACACAGCAAAAUAAGGUUUAAGUUUAUAUAAGAAUGAGAAACUAUGGGAAAUAUUUGACUGCAUUUGAUCGGCUCAGUCAGGAGGCAGCUUGUGCACGGUUCAAAACCGUACUUCACGCUUUGCUUUUUUAUAUUUUGUCAAACUUUGAAAAUAGAAAACAGUUGUUUUCUUUUUAAACAACUUAAUGAGAGAAGGAGUUUGUACACAGCGCCUGCAUACGUCUGAAAACGCUGGCAGAGCGAAUAUGAAACCUGCUUACAACGGCAGCCAGUUGAAUGUCAAAGUGGUUAGUUUUCCCUCCGUUCUUUUUCUUUGUCGCCUCAUUUUGAAAUAUCUACUCGAUUUUUAUGACUGUUUAAUAAAAUCUAUAGCCACACAAUCUUUGCAUAGUUCAGACUUGCCAUUCUGAAAUUGAAAAUGUUCAGGAAGACUUGGAAUUCAAAUCGUUGUUUUGAUAUCAAACGCUCUUGGUCAGCUGAGAAUUUCAUGACCAGCUCACCACUGACAGAUUGUUGCUCAUAUGGAUCAUAUUCAGUGCUGAGUCGAAACUCGUGAACUUUCGUUUCAGCGCUGAGAUCGGCAGUUUUGUUUUGGAAAAAAACGAAAGAGUAUUGAAACGUGACAACAGGUUUCAGUUUAUCUGAGAAAGGUCAAACUGAACGUCGGUAAUUUGGCACUCAAAUUUGAAUGCCCAAGCCGUUUUCAUUCAUCGAUAUUUGGGACAAAUACGUUUAAAAUUCAGCUUCUAUGUACUUACUGCUCAAACGACAAAGAUUCUUUACCUUGUCGUGGCGAGCUAUUAACCUCGGUCAAGUACUUUCUUGUUGCUUCGCCAAAUUCGUAGACAACUUUCAAAAAGAGUCAUCGACAAGUAAACAUCUCGUGUAGAAGACCGGAUGAACACUUUACUCACAACAGCCUUUUGUUUUAAGGUGCAAUUAAUAUGUGGCACAAUAGUCAGAGACAUAUCAUGACUACGUGUUUAUUAAGCCCUUUUGUAAAACUUCGAAAAAGUAAUGGACUGUUGACAUUGUUUAUCUAGAUGGGCUUCAAUAAUAGACUUAGAUAAGACUGACCAAGCUGACAACCUAUCCACUUGGUUGUCAAGCUUCUUUAGAAAGCAAAACUGUUGUUAGAAGGAAACCAUAAAGCCGUAAUGGACCCGUGAGUUAUUUUUAUCAUCGUUAUGUUGCCUAAAGUCGUUCGCGGAUGUAAGCACUCUACCUCACGUUCUUCGUCGGUACUCAAGUCUUGAGCGCAGACAUUUUCGCUUUACGACCUGGAAUUUCGCUUGAGAAAAAUGACGCAAAAUGACGGGACAACUGUCCCGUCAUUUUCUCUUGAUUCUGGAUAAGUCUAAUAUCAUUGCUUCUGAUUCAGUCCUUCAUUUUCAGCUAAAGACCUACGUUUCUAUUUUACUCGACAUUCUUGCAAAACGGGGAAGGCUGGAAAAUGUAACCGAUAAGCGGACGUUUUCAGCCUAUCGUUUUGAAUACGUUUUCGUGCCUUUAACGCUUUCUCCAUAGUGGCCCUUACCUGAGAAAGGCCCGCCAGUGCAAAUUUUAAAAACACGUCUGCUGAUCAAAACUCGUCAUUCACGAAAUACUGAAGGCGCACGCCUGUAUUUGAAAAUGGUUUCAACUUCGCAUUUUUGUGGAGUUUCUAGAACAAAAGAAUGUUGUUGUUGUUGUUGUUUGAUAGAUUGAUCAGUGCUUUAUGUCAAGGCGAUCAGACGGUUCGCUCCUGGUUUCUCUCGACUUUUAUACUGGGUCGCGCCUUGCCGCCGCGGUGAUAGAAACCUCUAUCGAGCACACCGUAUUCUAAAUUAUUUUCUCAGACUGAAGACUCAGAAAGCUCUUACUAUUCAGCUAAAUUUUUAAUCACGAGGCAUAACUCGCGAACUACAAAAAUACCGAGAGAACAAGAAAAGAUAGUAAUUACGCAUUCUUUUUCUUCUGUUCUUUCACGCCUCCUUUGUGCACAUGUCCAAAGUCACGUGCGGAUGUAGGAGAGGCACGGCACGCUCUUGUAUUACCACUAUAACAGAAAUCCGACCUUUCGUUUGCUAAUUAUCAUACACUUCAUUAUUGCUUCGAGAAGUGAAAGCGUUUCCUGCCAGAACUUCAUCAACUAAGCAUGAAUCUCAACACAGUAGACGCCUUCAGCGUGGCUUUCGCCAUUACUGUUUUUUUAGUGUUCGCCAUGGCUACAUCCCUCGUAUCUUCUACUUUGUUUUACGCCGUUUACAAGGAGAGAAAGCUUCGUGUAUCUUCAGCUAUGCCGUUGAUGAAUCUGUGCGCUGCCGGACUUGUUCUGGGACUCGUUUCUGGACUGUUCACAUUGAUAUGCGAUGUUAUACAGGUCAACGAAGCCGCGGAGUUUCUACAGAGCGCGAGAUGUUUCGUGGAAGAGUAUUCAAUCAGUGUCUAUUUCCAGGCAUUGUUCAUUAUCAGUGCCACAAGAUACGGUUUGGUUCUAUGUGGAGAAAAGCUCUGCCGUGUGACUGUCAAACAAGCUGUAGUGUGUAUCAGUGUGACCUGGAUUAUUUCUGCAGUGUAUGCAGGUCUUGUGGCAUUUUACCGACAGGAAGGAAACGGCAGGCCUCACAUCACGCAUCCACGAGGUGUUGCGGCCGGACAAGUUACAUUCCUUGGCUUUCUGCAUUUCGGGGCGCUGUGUAUCUACGCUAACUUAGCUAUUUAUUUUCACCAGAAGAAGGAAAAUUUACCACCCGAUUUUUAUAGCUUAGGGUCGAGCAGCCGGAGAAUGGCAGAAAGGAACAUUCGCACAUCGGCCAAGAACAUUCAAAUGAUUGUCUUAAUCGUGGGAACGUUGUGCGCAUGUCACUUGCCAUACCUUGGCAUUGUUACCACUGCGAUGUUUACAGGUCAGCUGUCACACAGUGUCAAAGUGCUCGCAGUCGUUGUGAUGCAAAGCGGAAUUUUACUCAACCUUGUUAUUAACGGCUACCUUAACAAACGAUUCAAGCGAGUUAUCCGACCAAUGCUACACCGCUUGAUCGACAAAAUCACCAAACACAAGAACAGACGAAGACAGAUCAACGAGCUACUUCCUCAAAACAAUUUUUCGUCAACCAGGAUCAGCUUCAACAUCUCCCACGAGAGUUACGAGUUAACCCGCAGCAAACUUGCAUUCUUUUACCGCGGACCUCUCUUCUAUCCCCAGACCCACUCAAGUCUUUUAACUGUCGGGGCCUCGGUACGAUAGUUUCAAAGUCUCAAUUCUAGGUCCCGCUCGGCUUUGAUUGCGAGGAAGACGCCACUGAAGUUGUGGUUACUAGUUUUAUUGAAUGACACAAUAAGAUCAAGGCAAGUUUUGUAAUCUAUUUUAUCACUUUCAGUGUAUUUAUUGAUUCAAGUCAUUAAAGCUUAGUAUGGUAUUUUUAUUAUCAUCACUACAUUGUGGAGGUUUAGGUACAUCUACAUAUACCAUUACCCAUACACUAACCUAAAAACUGUAAGAUCACCGGCAGACAUUUUCAUCUCGGCAACGCAAAAACUUAAAGACAGUCCAUGGCAGAAAACAAGGAUCCAUUCUUCCUCGUUAACACCAGGUGAUUUAGCAGCUCUCGUAAGGUCUCACAUGAGUGGCUUGCUACCCUUUGAGAGAA